CCCUUUAUUUCUGUCAUUUUUCUAGGAGUGACCCUUUGUUCUCACAAGAAAACCUGCAAGUGACAAAAUCGAAGCGAAGUCGAUCUCUGCAAAACCCUAAUUUCCCUUCGAUCUUCGUCGAGGAGGAGCAGAGGGCAGUGUUGGUGGCGGUGUUUGUUUGCCUCGGCCGUCGGUGUCUUAGUCCAAUUUUGUAUCACGAUGUCGUUGAGGCCGAACGCAAGGACUGAGGUCCGCAAGAACAGGUACAAGGUCGCCGUCGACGCGGAGGAAGGGCGGCGGAGGAGGGAGGAUAACAUGGUGGAGAUCCGGAAGAAUCGGAGAGAGGAGAGCCUCCAGAAGAAGAGACGCGAGGGACUGGCUGCUCAGCCCAUGCCUGCCUCGAUGCACUCUACUGCUGUCGAGAAGAAGUUGGAGCAUCUGCCUUCUAUGGUGUCUGGUGUUUGGUCUGAUGAUGGCAAUCUGCAGCUCGAGGCAACAACACAGUUCAGAAAGUUGCUCUCGAUUGAGCGGAGCCCUCCGAUUGAGGAAGUCAUACAAGCUGGAGUUGUUCCACGAUUUGUCGAGUUUCUAAUGAGAGAGGACUUUCCCCAGCUUCAGUUUGAAGCAGCUUGGGCGCUUACAAAUAUUGCUUCUGGAACAUCUGAUAAUACUAAAGUUGUGAUUGAUCAUGGUGCUGUGCCAAUAUUUGUAAAGCUUCUGGGUUCACCAAGUGAUGAUGUCCGCGAGCAGGCUGUAUGGGCUCUAGGAAAUGUGGCUGGGGAUUCUCCAAGAUGCCGUGAUCUUGUGCUUGGCAAUGGAGCUUUGCUUCCACUGCUAGCUCAGCUUAAUGAGCAUGCAAAAUUAUCGAUGCUUAGAAAUGCUACAUGGACAUUGUCGAACUUCUGUCGUGGGAAGCCACAGCCUCCAUUCGACCAGGUUAAGCCUGCUCUUCCAGCCCUUGCACAGCUUAUUCAUUCUAAUGAUGAAGAGGUAUUGACUGAUGCGUGUUGGGCACUUUCAUAUCUAUCUGAUGGUACCAAUGACAAAAUUCAAGCUGUCAUUGAAGCUGGUGUUUGCCCUCGCCUGGUUGAACUCUUGUUGCACCCUUCUCCUUCUGUUCUCAUUCCCGCACUUCGGACUGUUGGAAAUAUUGUCACUGGUGAUGAUAUGCAAACUCAGUGUAUCAUCAAUCAUCAAGCACUUCCUUGUCUUCUCAACUUGCUGACCAACAACUAUAAGAAGAGCAUCAAGAAGGAAGCUUGCUGGACUAUCUCAAACAUAACUGCUGGUAACAAGGAGCAGAUUCAGUGUGUAAUUGAGGCUAAUAUCAUCGGCCCAUUAGUCCAUCUUUUGCAAAAUGCUGAAUUCGAUAUCAAGAAGGAAGCUGCUUGGGCAAUCUCUAAUGCGACCUCUGGUGGUACCCAUGAUCAAAUCAAGUACCUUGUUAGCCAAGGCUGCAUCAAGCCAUUGUGCGACCUUCUCAUCUGCCCUGACCCCAGAAUUGUAACAGUAUGUCUUGAAGGCCUCGAGAACAUCUUGAAGGUUGGAGAGGCUGACAAGAAUCUCGGCAACACUGGCGGAGUAAAUCAGUAUGCCCAGUUGAUUGAUGAUUCUGAAGGUUUGGAGAAAAUUGAAAACUUGCAGUCUCAUGACAACACUGAGAUUUAUGAGAAGGCCGUCAGAAUUCUCGAGACUUAUUGGUUGGAGGAGGAAGAUGAGACAAUGCCACCUGGUGAUACUGCUGCUCAAUCUGGUUUCCAGUUCGGUGGCAGUGAUCCUGCAGUUCCUCCUGGUGGAUUCAACUUCAGCUAAAUGUAUGAACAUUUUUACCCUUUUGACUUUGAAAUAAGAGAAACCUGAGAUUUUUCUUUUUUGCAGCAUCCAUGAGUAUGGGCCUGCAUUUUAUGGUCUGGUCUAGAAUUGGACCGGAUGGAAAAUAACCUAAAAAAUGAGAACCAUAGUCAACCCAGUAGUUUAUUGUGUUCCAUUCUGUCCGAUUUUUCGGCUUAUUUUUCAGACUAUAUGUAGUAUGGAAGCAGAAUUGAACUGUGUAUAGGCGUGUCCCAAUGAAUCAGCUUACCAGUUUUUGUUUUUCUUGCAGAUUGGUCAGCUGUCUUCCAUCAGUCUCAGGGGUACUUGUCAAGGUCAGGUCAUGUCUGGUCGGGUCGGGUCGGGUCUUGAGUCGGGGUUUGGGUCGUCUUGGUCCAGUUGUCCAGUCCAGGGUGUCAAGUCUAAAGGGAGCUGGGUUUGGUUCGGGGUCUUGAGCACUUUGCUGCGUAGCAGUAAACGAACGACUUGAGGAACCCUGAUUCCAUAUUUCUUCUCAGUAAUGGGAAGUGAUUAGUCCACCGAGAUUUUAGCCCUCUUCGUAAGACAUUAUCAUGGUUGUCGAGUCAUCGAGUCUAUCUACGGAAUGUCUUAUUCGCUUUCCACAGUCAGUUUGGGUCUUAUUCAUCUCUUCCCCUCAUGAUUUUGGAACUCGCAGAAUCCUCCUCCUUAAGAUUGAGUCUUUUUUGUAGUUAUGAUGGCAAAUACCCGAGGAUGAGUCUGUUUCCUUCUUUUUUUUUGGUUUUCUUACCUUUUGAAUGGUAUAGCUUUGGUUUGCUGCGAGCGAGUUGAUGUUUUACUGUGAAGUCGAGAUGUAAUGAAAGUGUAAUGGAUUUUGGUUAUUGGAAAUGCAGAAAGGUCUUUGCAGUUUUAAGAGGGUACUGCUUGAUUUUGAUUUUGUUGAGCACUUGAAGCUCUUGUUUGGUUCAAACAGGUUGUAAUGUGCAUGGAUUGAGGAGAAGUCGGCUUUAGCUGCUGUACAGUGACGGACACAGUUUCUUUCGGAAGUUAUUUUUUUACGGAAGUCACUUUGAUUCGUGGAGAUUUGAAGUACAGUUCAGUACUUAUACUAUUUUCUUUUUUAUAUCUAAAUUUUAAUUUUGUUUUAUGUAAAUUGCUAUUCGAAAAUUGUGUUUUGGUGGUAUUAAAAAAAUUUGGUAUGCU